GUUGGCUUUGCGGCGGUGUUUCCGUCUGGGGGAGCCUCGGUUUCCCAGUCGUCCGAUGAGCCUGAGCAGCCGAGUCCCUUCCCUGUCUUUCAAUCUGGAGUCGGUGGUUUUACCUCUUCGAUUGAACCCUGCUUCCUCGACCCCCCGGGAGGCUGCCUUCUUCAGGCGCCUCCCUUCUCUCCAGGAGCUCGUUCUGACAGCUGAGGAACUGGCAAGAUUCGGCUACCCAGAGGGUGAAUGGGUAUCUUUCCCGGAAUAAUCCUAGUUUUUCUAAGGGUGAAGUUUGCAGCGGCGGCCGUGAUGGCAAGCGGACACCAGAAAAGUGCGACUGUAAGCCAUGAAAUGUCUGGUCUGAAUUGGAAACCCUUUGUGUAUGGCGGCCUCGCCUCUAUUGUUGCUGAAUUUGGAACUUUUCCCGUGGACCUAACCAAAACACGACUUCAAGUUCAAGGCCAAAGCAUUGAUGUCCGCUUCAAAGAGAUAAAGUACAGAGGGAUGUUUCAUGCCUUAUUUCGAAUUUAUAGAGAAGAAGGUAUAUUGGCUUUGUAUUCAGGAAUUGCUCCAGCUUUACUAAGACAGGCAUCAUAUGGCACCAUUAAAAUCGGCAUUUACCAAAGCUUGAAGCGAUUAUUUGUAGAACGUUUGGAAGAUGAGACUCUCCUAAUUAAUAUGAUCUGUGGGGUUGUGUCAGGAGUGAUAUCUUCCGCUAUAGCCAAUCCCACUGAUGUGCUAAAGAUUCGAAUGCAGGCCCAAGGAAGUUUGUUCCGGGGGAGCAUGAUUGGCAGCUUCAUCGAUAUAUACCAACAAGAAGGCACCAGGGGCCUGUGGAGAGGUGUUGUUCCAACUGCUCAGCGUGCUGCCAUCAUUGUAGGAGUAGAACUGCCAGUCUAUGAUAUUACCAAAAAGCACUUAAUCUUGUCAGGGCUGAUGGGAGACACAAUUUUAACCCACUUCAUUUCCAGUUUUACAUGCGGCUUGGCUGGUGCUCUGGCCUCGAAUCCAGUUGAUGUGGUGCGAACUCGCAUGAUGAACCAGAGGGCAAUUGUGGGACACGUAGACCUCUACAAGGGCACUUUGGAUGGUAUUUUAAAGAUGUGGAAUCAUGAGGGCUUCUUUGCACUCUAUAAAGGAUUUUGGCCAAACUGGCUUCGACUCGGACCUUGGAACAUCAUUUUUUUUAUUACAUAUGAGCAGCUCAAGAGGCUUCAAAUCUAAGGACUGAGUUAAGUGUGAGCCCAGCCCUGCCAACCUUUCUACUUUUCUCUUUUUCUUUUCUUUUUUUUCCUCUGUGCUCUAAUGUAUUUUGACAAUGUUUUAAGUGUUUGCUGAACCAGUGGUCCCCCAAGAACAAUAGGAUGGUUCAGAAAUGUUUAUCUGUGUUUGUGUUACCAUGUUAACUUUUCCCUGAAAGGAAGUGUUAACAUUGAGACUCUGGCCCCAGAUUGGUAUCUUCUGUGAAGAUGGAUACAGAUGAAUGAUUUUUUGAACGGCCUUCUUUCCAAAUGUGGGUUAAAAUAUAGUUGGUUAGCCCCAACCUUGGGCUAGAGCAGAAGGCAUAGGCCAGGGCAGUUACAGCUAUAUAUGUUACAGACGUCGGUUCUUAUUAAAGUAUUUAUUGGCAGAA